CACAAACACACACACAAAUACAUAUAUAAAACCCAAAGACCAGAGAGAGAAAGUUCAUACUUGAAGAACAGCUACACCCCUUUUUCCCCUCACUGAAAAAGCAAAUACACACACUCGUUUGCGUGAGUGUGUGUGUAUAAAAAAAACCCCCAAAAAACAAAAAGGGGUUAGAAAAGUAGGGUAAUUAGGUUUAGCAGGGAGGGCAAAAUUAUGGACCCAGCGAGUUUGGACAGGAUUAUCGAGAAAUUGAUCGAUGUCCGAUCGUCAAAGCCGGGGAAAUUAGUGCAGCUCGCAGAAGCCGAGAUUAAGCAGCUCUGUGUUGCUUCUCGUGAAAUCUUCAUCAGCCAGCCCAAUCUCCUUGAACUUGAAGCACCCAUCAAAAUUUGUGGCGAUAUUCAUGGGCAAUACAGUGAUCUCUUAAGGCUUUUCGAGUACGGCGGUUUCCCUCCAAAAUCCAACUACCUAUUCUUGGGCGACUACGUCGAUCGUGGAAAACAGAGCCUCGAGACAAUAUGCUUAUUACUCGCGUACAAAAUCAAAUACCCCGAAAACUUCUUCCUUCUAAGAGGAAACCACGAAUGCGCUUCUAUAAACAGGAUCUACGGAUUCUACGACGAAUGCAAACGCCGCUUCAAUGUCAAACUAUGGAAAUCAUUCACCGACUCAUUUAACUGCCUCCCUGUCGCCGCACUAGUUGACGAAAAGAUAUUAUGCAUGCAUGGCGGACUUUCACCCGAACUGAAUAACCUCGAUCAGAUUAGAAGUUUGCCUCGACCCACUGCUAUACCGGACACCGGCUUGCUUUGUGAUUUACUGUGGGCGGACCCCGGUAAAGAUGUUAAAGGAUGGGGGAUGAAUGAUAGAGGAGUUUCGUUUACUUUUGGACCUGAUAAAGUUUCGGAGUUCUUGACCAAGCAUGAUUUGGACCUCGUUUGUCGUGCUCAUCAGGUUGUGGAGGAUGGGUAUGAAUUCUUUGCGGAAAGGCAGCUUGUUACGAUAUUUUCGGCACCAAACUACUGUGGGGAAUUCGACAAUGCUGGUGCUUUGAUGAGUGUGGAUGAGAACUUGAUGUGCUCGUUUCAAAUUCUGAAGCCAGCUGAAAGGAAAAACAAGUUCAUGAUGGCCACUAGGAUGUGAUGUGGCACUGCUCCGUAAUUUCCAAGGUUUGUUGACCAAUAGAAAUUAAAGAGUAAUGUAUUUUAUUUUUUCUCAAGUGUAACGGAUAUCACGUAUUUCACAUAAAUGUGAGGAGCGUCCACAAUCCUCCUGUUUGCAGUAAAAACCAAUAACGAGACGCGUAGCAUGAAAGCAAGAAAGAAAUGGUUCUGAAAUUAAUUACUGUCGUUUAUAAUUGGUUCUUUGAUAAUUUUUACCCAUUAAUCUAACUGUUUGAUCUGUAACUGUGUAUUUGCUUAUUCAUGAUUGCAAUUUCACUGCAAGUUGACUCAUUUUUUUUUCCAUAAGCUUUUCGAAACAGCGUGUAAAACUAAUUUAGUUAUCAUGAAAAAGUGGGGGCCAACACUUGUUUUGCAAUUACUUGACAUUGAAGAUUACCUCUUAAGAACUUAUGUAUCGUAUCAGUUCCGUUGAUUCUACUAUUAGUUUAGUUU